GUUAAUAAGCAGAAAGAGGACCUUGAAAUGAGAAGAAAGUAUGACGCUAUAGUUGCCAAGAGCCCCAGAAGCACCAAGGGGAAAGAGACCCUUUCAGCCCAGUGGCCCUCACAGCCCAAGAGUGCAGGUGCAAGUUCUCUGAGGCAACGUUCUUCCUCCAUCCGUUCAUCGCCUUCUAAGACCAAGAGGGUCAAGACUCCAAAGAAGACUUUAAAGGAUGAGCCACCCACGGCUACACAUGCAGUACCUGCUGUGAUGCAUGGGGAAAAGAUGCAAGCAUCAAUGGCUAAGAUUGAAGAAGAGAAACGUGUUUUGGAAGAGCAAAUACAAGUGUUAAAGUCUAAGUUAGAGAAAGAGAAAAAGAAGUCAGAAAGGAUUAAAAAUGAAUCAGAACAUAUCAGCAAAAACUGGGAAAAGAAAUUCUUAAUUCUCAGGAACAGCUUUCAUGUCCUUAAGAAUGAGAUGUUUACUAGGCACACAUUAUUUCGUCAGUUUGCAGUGCUGGCUGAUACAUCCUUCAAUUAUGUUAAAGUUAAACCUUUAUUUGUGCAAUCCAAAAUGAACUUGGCAACAGUGUUGACAUCUUCUACAAGUGUUGAUCAUUCACCUCCGGUAGACAUCAAGUAUGAGGACAUAGGCAGCGAUCAGAUUUCCCUCCCACUUUCACCACAAGUGAGGCUGGAAAAUCUGGAGGAAGAAUUUCCGGAGGAAAAGCAGUCGACGCCCCAGAACACCACAGAGAGCGACACGGGUCCUCCCGAGUAGCGGCAAAGAACACUGCGCUGGGGCAGGAAGAGGGCUCUUACCACCCGGGCGUAAGGCCUGCCUCCCUGGCGAGGGACACUGUCUUCAAGGCGUUUCUAACCUGACUGUACCGUCUUCAGAUGCCGCCUGCUAAUUGGCGAAUCGCACUUGAAGAGAACGCAAGUGCGCGCUCUGAGCGCACCUUUCCAAACCCUUCAAGAACCCGCUGGCUGGUGCGUGGUGAGCGGGGCGCACAGACCCAGAGCCGCCGCCACAUCCAUCCGGGCGCUCCCUGG